AUGGCCUCACAAGUUCAAGGCUACAGCUAUGGUGGAGUCGGUGCUGGAUUCGGUAGAAACGGCGGUGGAUUGGGAGGAUUCGGUGGAGGAUAUGGUGGAGGCAUUGGUGGAGCUGGUGUCAUCCCCGCAGCCGUUGCAGGAAUUGGAGGAGGUUAUGGCAUUGGUAGCGGAAUCGGCGCGGGUUUCGGAGAUGGAUACGGCAGUGGAUUCGGCAAUGGAUACGGUAGUGGAUUCAGCGGUGGAUUCGGCAGUGGAUUCGGCAAUGGUUUCGGCAGUGCAUUGGGUGGUGGAUACGGUAGUGGAUACGGUGGAAAAUACGGUUACUACUAA